CCCUUGGCUUUGACAGCUGUUCGAAGUUUGCGUUGGAUUUCAAGGAUUUGAUAAUCCGUUUUUUUUAGCAAGCGUUUACUGUUUGAAAUGAAAUCUGCUUGUCUAAAAUGCCAGAAUCUAAUGCAUUAGAAAAUCGUUACGUUUCGUGCAUUCGAGUAAAUGGAAAGCCGAUUCUACCGCCAAUUUUGAACGAUGACAAACGAAGAGCGAUGCGACAGCUUAGAGAAGAAGCUAUUGCCGUUGAAUGCCGCUUAAAAGAAAAACGCCGGGCUCAACUUAUGGAACAAGUCCAGAUUAUUCUUGACAAAUGUGUGACAUUAGAUGAACUUAAUGUUUCCAAGGUAGAGCCAUCGAAGUACCGCCUAAUAAGCGAACCUCUUCUACAAACACCAGUGAGGCUUAACAGUUCACUUUCUCAGCCAGCCAAGCUACCAAAGCCAGUAACGUCGUACUCAUUACCAUCCACCCCAUUACUAGACGAAGUUUCAAUUGAGGAUCUUCACAAGAAGUUUUUAUCCAUGAAGCAGAAUUGCAAAGAUGUCAGCGUUUCAGAAUCAUCAGCAAUGAGCACUGAUUUAGGACCUUACAUGCAAGAUUCAGACUCAGAUUCUAGUUCUUCAGAUUCUUCUACACCUCGUGCAUUGACCUUGUCUGACACCGACAUUUCUACAAGUUUGGAUUGUUCUACACCCAUAAAAUCUCAAAGAGUACGACGCUUGUCAUACACGCUGGAAGCACCUAGUCCGGUGUUGUUGAAAAUGAUGCAGAACAAAGCAGCCGAACGAGAGAGAGCGACCAUUUUGGAUGUGCCUAGACUUAACCUUUCCAAUUCUGAUGAUUUGCCAAGAAAUGGUGCUGAUUCCUCCCAGGGGGGCAAUCAGCAAACGAGCAUGCUUCAGGUAACAGCAGUUCAAUAUUCCGCCACUGUAUCGGACAAGAAUCGAAAUAACGGAAGUCUAAAUGCAGCGCACAAUCUAAUGAACUUAAAUUUGCCCCCAAAAAACACUGAAGAUGUAAUCAACGGAAACUCGACUGAAAAACAAAAAGCCAACACUUCGCACAAGCCAAAUUUUGAAGCUAACAAAUCGAAACUUGAAAGUAUAGCAACAAACUGUGAUAACAACGGAAACUCACCCCGAAUUCAAGAUGUUCCCAAAUCUGGGAAUUUGAUUGAAGAAUUUUUAACGCAACAACAAAGACUCAUGAACGAAUUAUUAGAAAAGCAAGCCAAAGAACAAGAGAGAUUGGUGCAAUUAUUUAAAGAACAAGAAGAACAACUGAUGACACGAAUGCAAGCGCAAGCGUUGCAGCAGCCGUCAGUUGCCGAAAAUAAAAGUCCAGCUUGCCGCAGUUUGAAGCAGAGCUUCGACCGUUCGGCCAAGGCUAGGAGCCUGUUUGAAUCUGGCCGUCUUUCUGCAUUAGUUCGCGGCUAUUUGACUCGACGACUCUUAACCACCGAUCGAGUGCAGUCUAUCAUUCAAACCAUUCGCGACACGACAACCUGUCUCAAAGAAUUAAACCAGGGUAACAUGACGAUUUUGCCUAGCGAUAUUGAAUUGCAUAAACGUCUAAUUCAGCAGCUAAACGGAGCAAUCCAUUCGUUGCACGAAAUUUUUUUCGAGUGGGAUGUCAACGAAAGAAUGUUAGUUAUAGCACGUGACAGGGAGAAAAAAGCUGGCCUAAUCGUUACGGGAGUGUCGAUUCGUAUGCGGCCAAGAAGUCGUUCUCUCUCGUCAGCUACUGUCAAAAGUCUGGAGCGCAAAUUGACUAGACACGACAGCCAAAAUAGUAGCCGGCCAAGCUCAGCCUCCACUGCACAUCCACGCACCUCUCCGUCUAGUUUGGCCCCUUCUUCAGCUGAUCGCAAGCGAAGCCCUUCGUCCAGCGGAUCUUUCUCGUCUUUCAGUGCUGCGCCAUCAAAUGGAUCAUUACACGGCAAGAACAAACAUAAGCCGUCGACCCGAAAACCUUGGCGUUGCUGAUCUACUGAUCUACUACUUAUCGGAAAAAUUCAGUCCAUGUCUGUGUUGGUUAACGAAAGUCGCCUAGCUCUUAUUUUGUGGUGUAGGUUUGGUCAUUAACACAGGCACAACUGUACUUUCAUUCCCCGUGCAUGAAAUGUUUUUGGAAAGUCAAACUUUUUAUGAUCUCCUAUAUUUCCCUUAUUAUUUGUCCGGAAGUCCUACCUGUGUGCUCGCUCUUAAACCCGUUAAGUAUAAGAAUAAAAAAAAGCAAUGAUAUGGAGAAUUAUCAAAUAAAAUAGGCAAGUAAAGAAGAGAAGGAAAAAAAUGGAACGGUGAACUCAAUCUUGCAGCAAAUCCGUUGAUGGACGCAACACAAAAAAGUAAAUGACUGUGGAGGUCUGUGCAGCAGAAUGGGUUUAUUUGCGACCAGCAGCCUUCCCGCAGUGGGCGCGUGUAUAGGAGGAACCGUCACGCUCCUGGAGAUCCAUUGAACCCGUUUAUGAAAUACGUGAGGCAACUCACCACUGACCGAUAUUUUUUUUUCUCCAUCCAUUGCGGUUUCAGCCGCGAUGUUCAAUUUUCUCAGCAUCUCUCUUUUUUUUUUCUUUCUCGAACUCGAUUUGUUCCGAGUUGCAUCAUCUUCUACUUACCGCGAUGGGCUACCCCAAUUAUUAAUCAAGUCGGUGACUCGUCUUCGUGUUACAAGACCAUUUACUUCCUUCCAUGUUAUAGCCAAACUCACGCUGUGAAAAUCGCCGUGAUUAGUGAAGCUCGUUUGCCUGUUGCCGAGAAAUUCUCGCUGAUAUUUCUGUGGAACUUCUCGUUUCACUGCUUUAAUAUAUAUU